AUGGAUUCUGCUACCUACGCUCUUGACAACAUGGCCAGCUUGAAUACUGAUCUAACUGAUGGGACUACUUCAAGAUCAUCGUCAACAACAAAAUCAGUGUCACUCGAUGGUUUAAUACGAUUGUGCGGCGAUCUCGGCCCAUUUCAGUUCAUACAUUUUUUCUUUAUCAAUCUGAUUUCGAUGAGUGCUGGUAUGGUUGCUUUCUAUUAUGUGUACGGAGCAGCAGAACCCAAGCAUCGUUGCCAAUUGUCGCCGUCUGUAUGGCCAAACGACGUACACUAUUGGCCGAUAAAUCAAACACAUGAAUUUUAUAUCAACGCCUACAUUCCAAAAGAAAAAGAUGGCAUAUGGAAUAAAUGUAUGCGCUCUACAAUGAAAGAUAGGAAUUCAACACUUCUCAACUGUCCAAAUGGUUGGGCCUACGAUCGAUCUGUUUUCGGAUACACUUUUACUGAAGAAGCUAAUCUUGUUUGUUAUCAUACACCAAAGAAAAGUUGGGUGUCUACAUUGAUGCAGACAGGUGGCUUCUCAUUGCUUUUAAUCGGUUCUUUAGGUGAUAAAUACGGACGAAGAAAGACAACGAUUAUAACGACUAUUUUUCUUUGUGUAAUGUGUCUUCUAACACAAAUUUCUAUGCAAUGGAUACCAAUGACAGUGGAUACCAAGUUUGGCUUAUUGCUUCUCAAUCAGCUAGUAUCGGGUCUUACUGUGUCGACUUACAGUGUUGCUUUCAUUUUAAUGCUCGAAUUAACAUCAGCAGCUCACACAAGUCUCGUUGGAAACAUAGCAUUGGUCGCAUUUACAAUUGGCGAAGCCAUUCUUACUCUAUGUGCCUAUCUCACAUUCGAUUGGGAACUACUCAAAUGGACUAAUACUUUUUUUAUUGCCUUGGUUUUGCCUUAUCUUUACUUUAUGCCCGAAACACCAUUUUAUCUCUCUGGUAAACGACAGUAUACUGAACUCGAAGCACUUUUGCGUCGUAUAGCGACACGAAAUAAUCGAUCUGAAGCUGAAUGGUAUCCAUCAUAUCAAGAAUUCUUACGUGAUCAAUCAAUGGCAGAUGUUCACAAUGAAAGAAAAAUGCCAUUUCAUCAACAACUUCGUCAACUUUUUUCAAAUCGAGACAGUCUCAUCAAGCUAUUUAUUAUCAAUCUUAUUGGUUUCACAACGUACCUUCUUUAUUAUGAAAUAAGUUACGGUCUUGAAGUUUUAAAUAUAUCUCCAUAUAUUGGGAUACUCAUCGGAGCUGUUGUUGAAGCUGCCGGUUACAUAACAAGUUCUUUACUUAUAGUCACAAAAUUCGCCCGUAAAGGUUCAUUCAUUCUUAUGCUAGGUCUCACAACGAUUUGCGUUCUCAUCAUACCUUUCAUUGAGAAACAUAGUGCACUCGCUAGUGUAUUCAUUGCUCAAUUUGGUAAAUAUACAGUAUCGGGAGCAAUAUCGGUCUCUUGGAUAUUCGUACCAGAACUCUUUCAAACUUCUAUUCGCAGUAGUGCAAAUGGACUUUUUAUUGCUUUUAGUCAUCUUGGAGCUAUUAUUGCACCGGUUAUCAAUACUUCCGUGAACGAAACAUACUUACCAAUAACAUACUAUGCAUCAUCCGCUUUAGCUUUCAUCGUCGUUUUGUUAACAAUGCUCUUGCCCGAAACAAAAGAUAAAACAAUGGAUGCUUGA